GAUACGAACUGUCAAGCUGAUCAAAACAGGAAAAAAAAGUUUGUCAACAGAAGAGAAAAAUUAGGGCCGCCGUAUUAAAUUUCGAUUUCCGGAUAAAUUUCGGCAUUUUGUGAGAGAAAAUGAACGUUUCCAUCGAGCGUAAACGCACGGACUGUGCGGCCCUGCCGAAAGGUUGGCAGCGGGAGGAGGUUCUCCGGAAAAGUGGACUGUCCGCGGGAAAGGUCGAUGUUUACUAUUACAGCCCAACCGGUAAGAAAAUAGAAAGCAAACCCCAGCUGGCCCGCGUCCUCGGGGACACGAUCGAUCUGUCCACGUUCGACUACCAGGCGGGUCGCGUCGCGACGCACCUGAUGCACAAUGCCCUGAAGCGCAAGCUGGCCGGGUCCGGGUCCGGAAGUCCGACGCUUCCGCCGCCGGUUCCCAUCUACAGCCAGCUGAGUUCGGGGUCGUCGGCGAGGCCGCACCAGGCGCAGCAACCGGACUACAGUCGCGGAAUGCGCGCCGAUACGUCCCUCAUUCCACCGAUUCGUCAGACGGCGUCCAUAUUUAAGCAGCCGGUAACGGUUGUGCGGUCCCAGGACGGCGAGGGCAAGGUUAAGCGAGAUCUGCAGCACGGCACACAGGUUAAGCCCAAACAGCUGUUCUGGGAGAAGCGGUUGGAGAAUCUGCGCGCCAACAACGUGUACAACGAGGAGAUCGGUUCGCUCGAGCUUCCCAAGCGACUCAAAUCCGUCGGUCCCGGCGUGAACGAGGCCACCGUCCUGCAGUCCCUCGCGACAGCCCUGCACCACAACACCCACCCGGUGACGGGACAAACCGCGUCCAAAACUUCACUCAACACGAACGCGGGGGUUUUUCUGAACCCGGACCAGCCGCUGAUGCACGUGGCCACCGUCACCGAGGACGACAUCAAGCGGCAGGAGGAGCGCGUCCAGUACGCCCGGCUGCGACUCCAGGAGGCGCUGCGGACGUAGAAACCUAAACUUCCGAUGGUAAGACUAACUACAUUUUAUUACUCUUAAACUUCUUUUAGUGUGUAAUUUUUGCUGCGUGUUUAGACGUGAGGAAAUAAAUUCCAACUUUUUGUACGGUA